AACUGAUUAAGUUAAGCCCCCCACUUCCACUACCACACUCACGCUCUCUUUUUAAAGUCACGAGACCCACUGUCCCAUUGUUCAUUCAAUUUUUGGUGUGGGGGGAGAUAAGAGAGAGAGAGAGAGAGUGGCAGAGGAACCGAUAGGGAACUUUCAAAGCUCUUUAUCUUCUACCAUCACUCAACUAGCCUCUAUAUUGCAGUCUCAAACUGAAAGUCUCACAAAUUUUGUAGAAAACUGUAGUUUUAUCCCCACCCCCCUCCCCCAUCUGAAAGAAAGAGUAUUUGCCUCGCAUCAUUUUUCUUUUCUUUCUCUCUUUCUGUCUCUCUCUCUGUCGGUACCAUGUAGGUCUUCCCCCACUACUACACCUUCACACCCUUCUUCUCAUCCUCCUCUUUCUCCUUCUCUAACUCUAAGCCCUUUUAACUUUCUCUCUAUCUUUUUCUCUCUCUUAUGACUUUGUCGUUCCUUUACAGGAGACCAGAACGAAACCCAUUAGAUCUUAACAAUUUGCCCGAUGAGUACUCUAGGGAUGGCAAACAAGUCCUCGAAGACCAUACCUCUUCACCCGGUUGCAGGAAAAAGAAAAGCGGCGGGAAGGAUGGAAAAGACGAGUGUGGGAAGGUCUACGAGUGUAGAUUUUGUUCCCUCAAGUUCUACAAGUCUCAGGCUCUUGGGGGACACAUGAACCGCCACCGCCAAGAGAGGGAAACGGAGACGCUGAACCAGGCUCGUCAACUGGUAUUUCGUAGCGAUCAUAUCAUUGCUCCACAAGGUGCCCCUCACUUAGGAUGCUGCCAGCCAAUAGGAACGGGGGGUUAUCACCCAUCAGGAGACCCAACAGUGCCUCUAAGAUUCCCGAGAUACUUCUCAGGUUCAUCCUCAACUCACAUGCCACCACCGCCGCCGCCGCCGCCGCCACCGCAACAAUCACACCUAUACCCAUCACCUUCGAGGCCAGUGUCAUUUGGGUCAUCACACUUCCCCCACCAGCAUGCUGUGAACGAUUACUAUGUGGGCCACGUGAUGAGUGGUGGGAGCCACGGACACUAUGUUGGAGGAGAGAGCACGAGUAGUUACACGUACAUUGGUGCCCCGGUGGGGCAAGCUGGUGGAUUCGCUGGUGGUGGUAAGGAGGGGUCAGCAGUGCAGGAGGAAGGGUUGAGUUGGGGAAGGAGCUAUUCAGGAGGAGCACAGCAUCGUUUGGAUCCUCCCUCAGCGAUCAAUCGGUUUCAUGAUGGUUUCUAAUGAGAUGAGAUGAGAUGAGAGAUUCUUUUGUUUGAGUGUUUUUGGUUUGCGUUUUGUGUUAUGUUAUUUUAUGUGGUAUCAUCAUAAAGACACGCAAUCCAGAGAGAGAGACAUAACAAGCUGACACAUGGGGUCAUGGAGAGGAGGGUAUAGCUAAGGCUAGGAUGAAGAGAGAGAGUGUGCGUGAGAGGUGGUUUUUGGUUUAUCUACAGUAACCAGGAACAGCUUUUGAGCUCAUGGACACGCUCAGCUACUUUGGCUUGGAGUUAUGGGUGGGAUUUCUUCUCAACAUCGCCUUUUGUAUUGGUAGCUACCUAUCUUGGACAACCAGUUAGAUAUGAACUGAAACUUUCCAAACU